UCUCUUUCGAGAUAGUCUAUAAUGUGGGUAGCUGAGGCACCACAUUCGUUGAUAAAGCCACUCCUACUCCGCUAUUCUUUUCUUUCAACUUCUCAUCCGUUUUCAUCACUAACGCCACCCAGGAGACUUCUCUGCUUCCAAUCUCGCAGGGGACUAAUCGCAACCGUCACUGCCAUGGAAGGAACCAAAACCACAGCCGGAGAAUCCCCGUCGGACCACGUCACCGGAACCUGGUACUCCGUGCCGGAGCUCCGACUUCGAGACCAUCGAUUCACAGUCCCUCUCGAAUACUCUCUCGAUCACAAAAGCUAUACCAAGAUCUCUAUCUUCGCUCGCGAGGUCGUUGCUGUUGGCAAGGAAGAUCAACUCCUCCCUUACCUAUUAUACUUGCAAGGUGGACCAGGUUUUGAGGCCCCCCGACCAACUGAAUCUAGUGGAUGGAUAAGCAAAGCAUGCGAAGAAUUUCGUGUUAUAUUGAUGGAUCAGCGAGGGACAGGCUUGUCAACUCCUUUGACAACAUCAUCUAUGUUGCAACUGAAGUCUGCAGAGGAUUUGGCUGACUACUUAAAACAUUUUCGAGCUGAUAAUAUAGUGAAUGAUGCUGAAUUUAUUCGAAAACAUCUUGUUCCUGAUGCUGGACCAUGGACAGUUUUGGGGCAGAGCUAUGGUGGUUUUUGUGCAGUUACCUACUUGAGUUUUGCACCAAAAGGACUGAAACAGGUGCUUCUUACUGGUGGAAUCCCUCCAAUUGGAAGUGGAUGCACUGCCGAUGCUGUGUACAGUGCAUGCUUUGAACAGAUUGUUCAUCAGAAUGAAAAGUACUACAAGAGGUUUCCUCAGGAUAUCGUAUUAGUUUGUGAUGUCGUGAAUUACUUGGCAGAGUCUGAAGGCGGCGGGGUUCUUCUUCCAUCUGGUGGCAUCCUAACCCCGAGGGGACUGCAACUUCUUGGUCUGACUGGUUUAGGAUCUAGUACUGGGUUUGAGCAUUUGCAUUAUAUGUUUGAGAGGGUCUGGGAUCCAGUGAUAGUUCCAGGAGCCCAAAAGCAAAUUAGCUACUACUUCUUGAAUGCUUUCGAGAAGUGGUUGUCAUUCGAUACAAACCCACUAUACGCUCUUAUGCAUGAGUCCAUAUAUUGUCAGGGUGCUCCAUCACGGUGGUCUGCUAAUAGAGUAAGGGCUGAAAAUGAGGACAAAUUUGAUGCAAUUAAGGCUGCCAAAGAAGGUCACCCCGUGCUGUUCACUGGAGAGAUGAUAUUCCCUUGGAUGUUUGAUGAAUAUCAUGCUUUGAGGCCUUUCAAACAAGCCGCUUGUUUGUUAGCUGAGAAGAAUGAUUGGCCUGCUCUAUAUGACAUUGCCUCUCUCAAAAAUAACAAGGUACCUGUUGCAGCUGCUGUUUAUUAUGAAGAUCUCUAUGUCAACUUCAAGCUGGUCAUGGAGACGGCUCCUCAGAUAGCAGGGAUUAGGCUGUGGAUAACUAAUGAAUAUAUGCAUUCUGGUCUAAGAGACGGAGGGGGUCAGGUUUUGGAUCAUUUGUUGGGAAUGCUAAACGGAAAGAAACCAUUGUUUUGAUCGUGGAUUGCAAUUAUUAUAUGACACACUAUUCCUCUGUUUCUUGCUGCUAUAAGACAAGUUCUCGAAACUAGAUUCAUCAUUCUCGACUCUAGCGAGUAACCUAUGGAGCAGUCUUGUAAUUAGCCUAGCAUGCUCUACUCAAAGCUUUUGAUAAGCAUGGAGUGUAAGAAUUGCGUCAGUGUGGAGGACCGUUAACACUUGACAUCAUGAACUUAAAAUUGGUGCCUGUGUAUUUUAUGAGGAAAUUUUCUCUACAUCUGAAGCAUACAUGAACUGUGGUCUUUC